CCGCAACAUUAGAUCUUUGGAGAAGCGAGCAGCGAGAAUCAACAUGAGUUCACCAAGAUGGCGGAUUGCAAUCGGGUGCGAUGACGCAGGGGUGAACUACAAGAACAAGAUCAAGGCCGACUUUGCCGCGGACCCCCGGGUGGUCUCAGUGAUUGACGUUGGCACCGACGACAAGACGGCAUACCCACAUAUUGCCGCAAAGGCAGCAAAGCUCGUUGCCGCCGGGGAGUGUGACCGCGCGCUGCUCAUCUGCGGGACCGGCCUGGGAGUGGCCAUCUCAGCCAACAAGAUCAAGGGCAUACGGGCCGUGACGGCACACGACAGCUUUUCGGUCGAAAGGGCCGUACUCAGCAACAAUGCCCAGGUUCUGUGUAUGGGGGAACGGGUUGUUGGGCUGGAGCUAGCCAGACGGCUGGCUAAGGAGUGGCUGGGGUAUGUGUUUGAUGAGACCAGCCCGAGUGCGGCCAAGGUUAAGGCGAUUCAUCAGUAUGAGGAGGGUGAGGGCGGGUUGUCUGGGAAUGGGGAGGAGGCGAGUGGCGGGUGUUAG